AUGCCGGCUGAGGAUGGGCAGGUAGAAGACACUACGGUUCCGGUCGACCUCAACGACCUCCCGCAUAAUGCCACUCUGGUGCCCCCCUCUCCCACCGAUUCUUCCUUUGAACCCAACAUGGCCGGCAACUCCACCUCUGAGGUGCCCUCUGGUCCGCACUUAGAGAAAUCCGAGGGUGACUUGCCUGAUUGGGCCGACACCAUGCUUGAGAAGAUUGAGCGUCUCACCGUGGAGUCCCGCAAUCUCCGUGACAUGUACCGCGAGAGCCAGCAGGAGGUCAUCCUCCUGCGAUUCAAGCUCUGUCUUGUCACGGAGAUUGACCGAAUGCGGGACUUUGAAAAGGCCCUUGCCCGCGUCGCCCCUGGUUACUAUACCAGUGAGGAGUUUGACAGUGCCGACCUGAAGAUGUUUGCUGAAUAUCUGUUGGCCAAGCAGCACGCUGACGAUAAGAAGCGUGCCGACGAAAAUAAUGAGAAGGAGGCUUAA